AUGGAUGGCUUUUUGUCUUGUUCGGCGGGUUGCCAAUGCCUUCGAGGCCAGAAUGGACUUUACACAAUCGCGAAGAAACUCCGGGACACGGUCUGGCUUGCCAGGGACGGACGCCAGCAACCAGUAAUUGUUAAAUGCGUUCAUCAUUUUCGUCUUCAGAAUGAGCGUGACGUGCUAAAGCGCUUUCAACACCAUACCCCCUUCAUACGACCCUUGGUUGAUGAGAUUACUGAGCCAUCUGAUCCGCCAGCCAUAGUUUUAAAACACCUAGAUUAUCACCUUCUGAAUGCCUCUAUCUCCCAGAGACUUACUAGUCAGGAGAUUAAAUUUGUUGCGAAAGGUAUUCUGGAGGCUUUGAAGGUCUUACAUGAAUACAAUUUUGUGCACAUAGAUGUUAAGCCCGACAAUAUUCUCAUAAAUUAUGGCCCGGGAGAUAUACGCUUUAAAGAUGUCCAAUUAGCAGACUGUGGAAGUACUGUUCCUGCCGAUUUAGCAUAUGCUUUGGACGGCGACCUAAUAGGCGCACCAAUAUGGAGGAGUCCUGAAGCGCAUCUCCGAAUUAGAUGGGGCACAGCAACAGAUAUAUGGUCAUUUGGCGCCUUGCUUAUCACCUUGCUCUACGGGGAUAAUUUUUCCCUUUUCAAGCCCAACGUUCCUAGGGAUCACGAUGAAUACGAGAUAAAGAUUCUUCAGAGGCAGUGUGAGUUCUUUGGGUCAUUUCCUUUGGUAUAUCGUGAGCUCUGCCCCCACGAGACCUUGAAUGUCCUGGCGGAGGACAAGGAAUUCAUUUUGAAAAUUAUGAAGCUCGAUCCUAGGGACAGGCCAUCAGCAGCCGAGCUUCUGCAAGACAAGUGGUUUGAUAUUAAAUAA